ACAACCACAAGCACCAAAAACGCACUAAAGCGACGAACUUUGUGGUGGGCAAGGAAAAUGGUUCCAUUGCAGAGUCAGAGGAAGCGAUUAUCUUGGCCGAGCUUAACUGGACGAUGCGUGGUUUCUUGUACGAUGGUUCUGCUCACUCAGUUCGCGCUAUCCUUGGUCCCUCGCUUCCUCCCUACCUCGCCCCUUCUCAUCCAACUCUCGCUCUCAGUUGUUCUGAUGCUGGUGGUAGUGGGUCUUGGUGGGCUGUUCAGACGGCUUCUUGGUAUCCAUGCGUCGGCCCCAGCUUUGGUUUUCUUCAAUAUACUGUUCAUUUGGUGUUUUUACGUCCUUAUUAUCCGAAAAGGUUUAUCACUUGUAAUGGACGUUGUCUUUAAUGGAGAAGUUGUAUUGCUCCUCACUGGUCUGUGUAGUAUGCUAAAAAGUGAUCCUGGUUUGGUUGAGCCUUCCUUUUCAGACAAACUUGUGGAGAGUUCAGCUUCUGAAAUUAUUACUGCUCAUAAUGAGGAUUCUGAUUUUGGGAGGAGGGUGAGAUAUUGCAAGAUUUGCAAAGGGUACAUAAAGGGUUUUGACCAUCAUUGUCCUGCUUUUGGAAACUGCAUUGGUCAAAAAAAUUAUCUCCUUUUCAUGGUUCUUUUGGUUGGGUUCCUUGUUACUGAAGCUUGUUAUCUGGCUUGCUCUUCUGAGUAUGCAGUAAAAUCUGGGACGUCAAGCAUGCUUAGUUCAGAGACUAGCCUCUCAGAAAAUUUGGCUGUCAGCACAAGGAUUUUCUCUAUUCUCCAAUUGGUAUGGCAGGUGGCAUUUUUCACAUGGCAUUUAUAUGGCAUAUGCUUCAACAUCAGAACCGAUGAGUGGGUGAACUGGAAGAAGUAUCCUGAGUUCCAGUUGAUUGUUCAAUACCAACCAGGACAAAGCUCUACAGAAAUAAGAUUUACCAAUCCACAUGACAAAGGUAUUUUGCAAAAUGUGAAAGAGUUUAUGUCAUUGGAAAAACGGUAGUUUUUACGGACUGCAAAGUAUUGAGCAUGUGCAGCAGCAAUACUAGCUGGAAGUUUUUCUGAUCUAACAUAACAGCAUUAAAUUUUAGCCUUGUAUUAAUCUUGUGUAUAAUAACUAGACACAUUGAACGAUUAGCAAAGUGUUGGUUGACCAAUUGUAUAUAGUUCAUUACUGCU